AUGCAAAUGAGCAUCCAGGAUCUGAGGGUUGUGCUGCUGGGAGUCUGUGGAGCUGGAAAAAGUUCAACAGCAAAUGCAAUACUGGGUCAAAAGGUGUUUAAAGAGAGCAGAACCAGAGAGAGUGAGAAACAGACAGGAAGAGUAAAAGACAGAAACAUCUCCAUCAUCGACACACCAGGAUUCUUCAACACUCAACUGAAUGAUGAAGAGAUGAAGAAUGAAAUGAUAAAGAGUCUGUAUCUCUGUCAUCCUGGUCCUCACCUGUUCCUGCUCGUCAUCAACCUGGACACCUUCAGAGAGGAGCAGAGGAACCUUGUGGAGCAAAUCCAGGAGAACUUUGGAGCUCAAGCUUUCAAGUUCACAAUGGUUCUGGUCACUGGAAGAGAAAAAAUGUCAAGGAAAGAAUGGAUGGCCUUCAUACUUAAUACAAAAUUUAAAGAGUUGAUCAGUCACUGCAGAGAUAAUUUUCAUGCGAUCAACAGUAAAAGUGAGAUUAAUCGGACUCACAUCACAAAGCUUCUGGAGAAGAUUGAUGAAAUUAUCAAACAGAAUGAUGGCCAGCAUUACAAUAAUGAUAUUUUCUCAUUUUCUCCAACAAAGAGCAUAAAAGAAAAAAGAAAACAACAGCAAAAGAAUGAGAUGAGACAAGAGCAAACAAAAAUACAGCAGGAGACAUUUGAAAUAGAAAGUGAAAUGGCAGAGAGAACCGAGAAGCAAAAUCUUAGAGAAACCGAGAGAAUUCAUGCAUCUGAAGAAAACACUGGUGAAGGGAAGGUGGUUCGUACAUCGUCAGUAAGAUCACUGGCUAUCUUAUUUGAAAAAAUGGAGGAAACAUCUACUGUCCAGACACCAAAAGCUGGAAAAACAAGCAGAAUAUGGGGCCAGAAGAAACAACCGACAACAACAGAACAACAUUUGACCAAAGCAGGUAAUAAGGGAAGUAAGAGAACAAAAACACAAGGUUCUCCUGGUGGAACCCCUUUGGAUGAACCAGCUGUGGCUACCAGAGCUAACUCAGCUGUUGGUAGUGGCCCCUUGGCCCAUCCUGCUGAGACCGGAUCUUCUCUCUCAAGCGAACAGGACAAUAUGGCAUCCUCAGCCCAACCUUUGGGCCCUGCACCACUGGCCUCUUGA